CAGAGCACUCGUGCCUCCGGUGCACGCUUCAGGCAGAGGAAACUCUCGACCAAGCAUCCGCUACAGGUCGUCAAGGAGAAUGAAAUAGAGACCUUUGCCAUCGAUGAGGACCCUCAACGCCACAUCCCUCAUGUCGAGACCGGUGUCGAAAAGGCAGAAGAGACCGAACACCAUCUCCAGGCUGUUAUCUCGGCCGCUGCCGCCUCUUCGCUAGGUGCCAAAGUCAACCAAGUUUUUAUCCCUACUCCAGAAACAAAGUCGAGUGGCAUUCCCUAUGAUCAGUUAUAUCCACGACAAUUUGCUGAACCUGCCACCUACAUUCGCUUCAGUUCAUCGGUCGAGGACUGUAUCGGGCAUCAGUACAAUAUUGACGAAGAGGAUGACGUUUUCUUGCUGAACUUCAACUCUUCAAAGAAAGAUGAUGAGAAACUCUCGGAAGACAUCUUCGAAGAAUUGAUGAGUUUCUUUGAUCUCAAGUCCGACAAGAGUCAUCCCUUCGCCAAUAUUUCCAACGCUCCGAUCCUGACGUUCGAGGAAGCUGAGGGGUACUAUGACGAUCCAGAAGAUGAAACAAACCUUUCAGUAGAGGCGCGAAAGUGGGCCAAGGAAGUGUAUGAGCACUGGCAUUCGAGAAGAGUGCAAAAUGGCAAUCGCUCUCUUCUGUCAAGUCUCAAGUUCGAAACUGGUGCCGAUACUGACGACAACGACGCAUAUGUCUGUUUCAGACGCCGCGAAGUACGACAGGCUCGCAAGACCAGAGGUAGAGACGCUCAGGUGACUGAGAAGCUCAAGAAGCUGAGACGAGAGCUUGAAGAUGCCAGGCAGCUUCUGAUCUCUGUCAAUCAGCGUGAGCGAUUGAUCAAGCAGAGGAUAGAAACUGAACGUAGAGUGUUCGAACAGCGCAGUGAGUUGAAGAAGGUCAAGGUGCAGCAAGGGAUCAAGGGUGAAAAGGGAGAAGACGAAGAACUCCUUGUUAACCAAAGACCCACGCCCAAGCCCAGACCAACAAAAGCCGAUGGACAAAGACCCACGACAUUGCGUCUCCCUGGCACGAGGACGGAAGCCGUUCGCGCAGCCCCAGAGAACGACCUUGUGCAGUUGUCAGACAUCCAGGAGGAAGCAGCGGCGGCGAUACAGCGAUCAGUCGAAGAAAAGAUUGGCCAGCAUCGCAAGUGGAACAAAGAUUGGGUCGACAAUACUUGGGGACCAAUCACACCACCAGCCGAGCCUUCAUCAGCGUCUGGCUAUCUGCCUCGCAUCGAAGAGGUUCAGUUGCCGACACCUCCAGCUUCUUUGCGGUCGGAAACAUCACAAGACCAUGCCAAGGAUGUCGAGAUGAAAGAUGCAGACCUACCUACACCGGUCAGUGCUGCGCAGGAACAAGCGCCUCGUACCAUGUUCCGCUUUAACUCUCCGCCGCCUGAGCCAGGAUAUGAGAGACCCUCGUACAGACGGCGAUUUGGUCGCAAUGGGCGCUUGUUCAUUGAACAACGCAAGCCGCGUAUGUUUGUUCAGAGCAAAGGUGUGAUUGGAGACUCUGACGACGAGAGUGAUGGUGAGACGGUCGUGUAUCCAAUGGAUUGUUACGACACGCUAGGCAUCAGCUAUCGGGCCAGCAUC